AUGACCUCCUCUGGUCUCCUUCAUCUUCGCGACAUUACCGCUCAGAAAACGUCGAAAUCCAUCUUUGCGGUGGUCGUACUCACUUGUGGUGUCGCCGCCCCAAUUCCAUAUCGUUCCAUACGUCGCGUCAUUGUGCUAUGGCCAUUGACGUGUGGUUGCAUAGCGUGCACGAAGGCCCUGUGUGACCAACGUUUUAUGCGGUUUUAUAAUUACGGCAAGGAAAGUCGGUUCGGAGAGGGUGAAGGAAGCGUUCUUCAGAACGUGAGUGCAUCCGGUGUUGGUCUCAUAAAGUUGUCGCUCCGCUACCGGCACGUUACCUACCCCUUCGACGUCUGUUCCCACCAUUACUUGGAGUCUGAAAUUGUGCCAGCUUUUAUCACAAUGUCAAUAUGGCUUCACGCGUACUUAAAUCACGGCUCAUCAUAUGUAUCAUUUUCCGGAACUUUAGGGCCCUUCAUUUCAGUACACAUUCUUCGUGCUCACAGGCCCUGUAAAGCCGGUGUCAUUGUUAUUUCUUCUCGGGCUCUUGAGGUCGUCGGCAUUCUCAUAUGGAUCUGCGACGGUACACCGAAGCACAGCGUACUGCACUUUCCUUUUCGAUUCUUGAGCGGAAAUCCGCAUAGCGCAAAAGAACGGUAUCCAAAUUGCUUCUUGAACUACCACGGAACGUGGAGGGUUGAAAGCGGUACUGGUCUUUUUACACAUGUACCCUCAUUCUCAAGAUCUUCUAUUACGAGUGUUUUCUCUUAUAUUUUCGUUCUUCCGCACUGGCAGCUGCUUAACCCAUUUAUGCACUGCACGUGUAGUCGGCAAGAAAGAGAGGUGAAAUGUGGAAUUAAAGGCGCUAAUUGGAUGACGCGUACGUCCUGGAUCAAGGGCUCGUAA